AUGGCACCGUAUGAAGCGCUAUAUGGACGUAAGUGUCGCUCUCCGAUCUUUUGGGAUGAAGUUGGCGAAAGAAAGGUCUUGGAUUCGACUAUGGUGCCAUGGAUCGAAGAAGCAAUAGAGAAAGUUAAAAUUAUCCGCCAGAGGAUACAGACGGCUCAGAGUCGGCAGAAAAGUUAUGCCGAUUACCGAAGAAAGGAUCUGGAGUUCGAAGAGGGAGACAUGGUAUUUGUCAAGGUAACACCACUCCGAGGAACGAUUACGGCUAAGAUGGGGAAGAAAUUGAAGCCUCGAUAUAUAGGACCGUAUAAGAUUCAACGGCGCGUCGGGACAAUGGCGUAUCAGUUGGAGUUACCAGCUAGUAUGUCUCGAAUUCACAAUGUCUUUCAUGUCUUGUUAUUGAAGAAGUAUCAUCCAGAUCCCGCACACAUCCUACACACAGAGGACGUCGAGUUAGAUGAGACCCUCACCUAUGAAGAGCAACCGGUACAAAUUUCGGAUCGAAAGGUAAAGGAGUUAAGGAAUAAGCAGAUUCCUUUGGUGAAGAUCUUAUGGCGAAAUCAUGAUGUGGAGGAGGCCACCUGGGAGGUGGAAGAUGACAUGCAGAAAAAGUACCCCGCUCUGUUCGGGAAUUAA